AAAUGAUCCCCGUGUACUGUGUGUGGCUGUGUAUUGCUCUCCGCUAAGGGAAGACUGCAUUUUCAAAGUUGGGAGACAGCUUCCAGUCAGCUUCCAGUAGCAGUGCUGGUUCUUCACGUGAGACUCCUGAAGAGACCAGUCACAAAGGAUGAGCGAACUGGAACAGUUGAGGCAGGAAGCCGAGCAGCUGCGGAACCAGAUCCAGGAUGCCAGGAAGGCCUGCAAUGAUGCCACACUGGUUCAGAUCACAUCUAAUAUGGACUCGGUGGGUCGAAUACAAAUGCGAACAAGGCGCACGCUGCGGGGGCACCUGGCUAAGAUCUACGCCAUGCACUGGGGAUAUGAUUCCAGGCUACUAGUCAGUGCAUCCCAAGAUGGAAAAUUAAUUAUUUGGGAUAGCUAUACGACAAAUAAGAUGCAUGCCAUUCCGCUGAGGUCCUCCUGGGUGAUGACUUGUGCCUAUGCCCCAUCUGGAAACUAUGUCGCCUGUGGAGGCUUGGACAACAUCUGCUCCAUAUACAACCUGAAGACUCGUGAAGGGAACGUGCGGGUGAGCAGAGAACUACCAGGGCACACAGGCUAUUUGUCCUGUUGCCGAUUCUUAGAUGAUGGACAAAUCAUCACAAGUUCAGGAGACACAACUUGUGCUCUGUGGGACAUCGAGACUGGGCAACAGACUACAACGUUCGCAGGACACUCGGGUGAUGUGAUGAGUCUCUCACUGAGUCCUGACUUGAAGACCUUUGUUUCUGGUGCUUGUGAUGCGUCUUCAAAACUGUGGGAUGUCCGAGAUGGGAUGUGUAGACAGUCUUUCACAGGACACAUCUCAGAUAUCAAUGCUGUCAGUUUCUUCCCAAGCGGAUAUGCCUUUGCCACUGGCUCUGAUGAUGCCACUUGCCGGCUCUUUGACCUCCGUGCAGACCAAGAGCUACUACUGUAUUCUCAUGACAAUAUCAUCUGCGGCAUCACUUCUGUGGCCUUCUCAAAGAGCGGGCGCCUCCUGCUGGCCGGCUAUGAUGACUUCAACUGCAGUGUGUGGGACGCAUUGAAAGGAGGUCGGGCAGGUGUCCUUGCUGGUCAUGACAACCGUGUUAGCUGCUUAGGUGUGACUGAUGAUGGCAUGGCUGUGGCCACCGGCUCCUGGGACAGUUUUCUUAGAAUCUGGAAUUAACAGUGUCAUAUUUUCUGUUCUCCAAUGGUGAGAAAAAGACUCUACGUUCUAUUUGUGGGUGAAGAUUUUUCUAUUGAGAUGACUACAUACAAAAAUCAGCUUUCAAUAAACUACAAGCAAAUGGUGGUAAAAGAAACACUCAAGACUAAGGUCCCUUGCUGAGUCAAAGGGUCAGGGUUUUGAGCAGCUAUGUUGACUUUAACCCCGUCAGAUUCUUGCUUGUCCUGGUCCUUUUUCUGUAGAUUAGAAUACACUCUGUAGCAGAUGACCAUUGUGUUUGCAUUUUGUGAUAGGGACACCCCUUGAACUCUGUAUAUAUGAGAAAUGUUACAUUUUUUAAAAGUGUUGUCACAGAAGAGCCAGGACCCAUGAUAGGCAGAAGCGAAAUUGUAGAUGUAUGUAUGGUCUGAAGGAGUCCCCCUGGGUUCAGACAUUGCAUUUUAACCUGACUCCCUGACAGUUUCUCUAUCAGGAGGUCUGACAGGUGAGGUGGCUCUGAGGGAGCCAGUGGGGUGUCCAUACAUUCUUUUCCAUGCUAGGAAUCUAAGUGAUCCUUUUCUGUCCUUUCAGGGGACAGAUGAUGUGAAGGCCAGGGGGUAAAAAUCUCACUUUGACCUAGGGCUGCACUGAAAUGUCAAUACCAUUUAUUAUAUUAAUAACCAGUAGACACUGGCAUGUCAUUUUUGGUAUUCUAAAAGGCUGAGUCCUUUGAACCAUUGGAUCUUGCUGUUAAUUUCAUAUUCUGGAACCUAGUUUGUAGAAUGUACUAGUAUUUCAGAAGUUUGACAAACCUGACUUGUCCCUGUAUCUGAAGACUCUUGCCUAGUAUUCUCUGUAAUAGGAAACAGUGGCUCACCUUUAACAUUUUUGAGAAAUGUAAGCUCAUCCACUCAACUGGCACUAACUUAUAUAAGAUGGCUUUAUGAAUUCUAUGUAAUUAAAAUCUGAAUUGGCAUAAAUUAUCUGUACCCUUGAACUUUUGCUUUCCCAUUUUGAUGCUGCUGCAGAAGGAAUCCAGGGCCUUGUACCUGCCAGGCUUGCCCUACAACCCUGGCCCUUCAGAUGGAAGCAUUCUACUGCUGUGUAGUACUCCGCUCCUCAGCAUGGCAUACCUGUUCCUAAGCUUACUGCUGAGGUCCAGAGCUGAGCCCUCUUUGAGCCGAAAGCAUUGUUUCAAAGGGGUUCAUAUCACAGAAAGCUGUCUAACUGCUCAAUAAAGUGUCAGUCACUGGGCUGUCCUGACUCCAUCCAAGCUGAACAAAGACGCCUCUCCUCUUUUUCUCCUACAAAUUUCAGUGAUUGAUAAUAGCAGACUGUUAAGUCUUGCUGGGUGCUGCCUUUGUGGGUUACUUGGAUGUAUACAAAUACAUUGUUUUGUAACUCAGUAA